UUUUGACAGACGAAUAACAUCGCAAAUUGAUUUGAUCAGCGAGAGAGAGAAAGAGAAAAUUAUUACAUAUAAAUAUUUAGUAUUUAUCUUUUAAAUUGAUAGACAAGUUUAUCGGGUGUUUGUGGCCAAUGGAAGUAUUUUUUAUCACACAUCCGAUGCUUAAACAACAUGCCAUCAAAUUUUUAAAGGAUGUUCGAACUUUAUCACAAUGCAGACGAUUUUAUUCAAAGCGUACACACUAUGACGUAUUGAACUUGAAAAAAACUUGUUCAAACGAUGAAAUACGAAAAUCGUUUGCGAGUCUUUCAAAGAAGUAUCAUCCAGACACAAGUAAAGAUGGCAAUAUAAAACAAAAUUCAACGAAAUUUCAAGAAAUUAUGGAAGCCUAUAAGGUUUUAAAUAAAAAAUCAACACGGGACGCAUACGAUGCAGAAAUUUCAAUAACGCAUAAUCCAUAUUAUGCGUAUCAUUCACCAUACAAUGCAUCAUCGUUUAGAGGAGCACCACCGAAUGAUUUUAAUAGAGGCGGAUGGCAACAUAUGGAACAAGGAUUUUAUAGGUACAAUAGGAACGGAUAUUCAAAUAAUUACUAUCGUGAUCAAUAUAACAAUCCGUGGACACCGGGCAAUGUGUUCACCAGAAAAAAAGUGUGGGGAUUUAUUGUUUCUUUCGUUCUGAUGAAUUUUUUGACCUGUUUCCUUGUGUAUUCGUUAUCACGAAAGAAUCGUCUAGUGCGUGAUUUCGAAGCAGAAAGAAAAAGAUAUUACUAUGACGCGCGACGACAUGGGCAUGCUGGUCCCACAUAUUAUAGAGUUCCCGAAAUUAAAGACGAAAAUUCUUUAUUUCCGCCGGAUAAAUGAUAAAAAAUAUCUCGAUUUUAUGCUUAUGUAUUUUUUUACGUUAUAAAGUUAUUAGAGAGUUGUUAAUUUAAAAACGUUUGACUUGGUUCAUAUUUAGAUUUAUAAAUCGAACCGAUUGUACAGAAACUAAGACGAAAUAAAACAAAUGCGUGAUAUCAUUUCUCAUAAA